UGUCUUGCAACAGGUAUGUUAUGGAAGCACAGAGGCUUCUUAACUUCUUCAGGAAAAGAGAUUGCCCACUCUGAAUUGAUCAGAGAUUUUCUGGAAGCUAUUCAGCUACCUAAGACUCUAGCUAUAAUUCAUUGUUCUGCCCAUAAAAAAGGAACUGAUCCAGUGACUCAAGGAAAUGCCAGAGCUGACGCUGCUGCAAAGACAGCAGCUAUCGAGGGUCCUGUUUAUGUGAUGCCACUUCAAGCCUCUGGGACUGGAGAUGAUGAUGAUGAUGCUGGGAGUAAAACUCAGUGGCCGGACCUUAUUUAUGAUGACAAGGAAGUGGACACCUGGAAACAACGGUAUAAUGCUAAAGAGAUAUCUGGAAUUUGGUAUUGCCACUUCAGGGACCAUAAAGGAAUCAUCCCCUGAGAAGACAGAAUCCUUUGAAACAGGCUUUGCUUCUACUGCCUUCAGUGAUCCAGAAUCUGCACCUGAUGGACCUUCUACUUCCUCAGAUGUUGUUGUGUGUGCUGUGAAGAACGAAUGCAGAGUGUGCAAGAAAGAAACCCGUCAAAAAGUAUCUGGAAUAGUGUGCUGUCAUAAUUGUUAUGUCUUUUAUAGAGAAGUUAUGAUAUCAGCUCAAUUAAGGGGAUGUGUUCAGGUUGGCUUACGAUUGAAACCUGACACUCUUUUAUUUCAUCAAUAUAAAAUUAGGGGUGAUUAUGGUCCUCCAUGCAGAAAGUGUUCUAAUCCUUCAUUCUAUGGCCCUAUUGAUUCUCCUUGUUGUCCUCGCUGCCAUUUCUCUAGUGCUAACUGAGUUUUAGUAUUUUUAUAUAUGCUUGUAACUUUAGAUUAACUUAAAUCAAUGUUCCCUUAUUAACAUAAGUUGUACCCAUUCACAUUAUUAUGUUUGUAAAUUUUGCGCCUCAGUAGGGGAGUGCCCCCUCUGGAAUUUUGCGUCGCCCAUAGAGGACUGCCCUCUAUGCAUUGAAUUGUAUCCAUCUUUUAGAUUGUUAAUGAUCCAAAGGACAAAUUUUAGUAUUUGUCUUUGGAUCAAAGGAGGGAUAAUGUGAGUGAGAUUUUCCCCGUCCCUUAGUUAUAAGAGAUUUACUAUAGUUUUA